UUCACCCAGAGAAGAUAUGCAGGAACAAGACAAGAGAAACUGCAGCAGCAACCACAGCAGUUACCAACUAUUGAUGAUGACAAGAAAGAAAACAAAAUAAGUAGCUCUCAGCACAGACAUUAUUUAAGUUAUGAGGGUUUUGGAAUAGGAACAAUGAGUCAAAGAGAAAAACAGUACAAUCAGUACAGAAUGAUGAAAGCUACUGAAAAAGUACAGGAAUAUCAAGUAAAGAAGUUUACAUACAUGCAAGAAGAUGCCAUUGUUUUAAAGGAGAAAAAGUUCACCAGAAAAUUAAAAAUCAGCAGUGCCAUUGACCGUGUUGUAGAGGAUCUCAUUCAAGAAGCCAUUUCAAAAGGAGAGUUCCACAAUCUAUCUGGUUCUGGUAAAUCAUUGUCUUUCUCAAACCACAACCCUAUGCUGGAUAUCACUACACACAACCUCAACAAGAUCCUUAUUAAUAAUGGAUACACUCCAGAGUGGAUAGUGAUGAGGAAAGACAUCAUAGAAAAUUUACGUAAUUUCCACUCUAAUUUGGCCAUGAGUUUCAUUCACACCAAAGGAUCUCUCCAAAAGUGCUUCUCUAUAAUUUUCUCUUCCAAUUACUAUAAUUCCUUCAGCUCUCUUCCAAUUUUCAUACUUCCUUUGCAUUCCAUUCCUUCAGAUCCAAGAGGGAUUCCUAUAAUCCUCUCUUCCAAUUCUCAUACUUUCACCCCAUUUCUCUUCUACAGCUCCAAAAGUGCUACUAGAAUUCUCUCUUCCAAUUCUCAUAUUCCCCCCACAUCUCUCUUGCAGCACCAAAUGGACUUCCCUAAAAAUCCUCUUUUCCAAUUCUCAUACCUUUUCCCCAUUCCUCUUCUUCAGUUCCAAAAGGGCUUCCUUAUCACCCUCUCUUCCAAUUCUCAUACAUCAACCUGUUUUAUCUUCCUUCCUCUCUUUCAACUACAACACUCUUUCCUUAUUGUCCUCUCCUCCAAUCCUCUUCUUCACAGUCUUCCCCUGCUUCCUCCACCUUCCUGUCUUUCAUUUUCCUCUCAUUGCAUGCCUCAUAUCGUAACACUUAUUUCUUUUUUCCAUCAAAUCCUUUACAUAUGA